AUGGAAGUGCCAUACACAAUCGCCUCUCUACCAAAGCCACUGGACGGCGAACAUGGACGAACUCAUGCAGCACCUGUGUAUGGCGUCCGAGCUGGACAGAAGAGGAAGCGACAUGAAGUUGUCGUGGGUGUGGAUGGAGAAGGUGUGAACAUCUACAACGUGCAGGGCCAGAGCUUGGUCACGUCACAUGCUUUGCCACCGAGGGCAUACAUGUGCUGUCCGCCAUGUUCCGUCUACAUCAGAAGACCAAAACCAGUGGGAGCACAGAGACGGACCUAUCUUGUUCUCCGCGACGGGCCACAGGAUACGAAGAGGCGGCUGGUGUGUCUAGUGGAGGAUGUACCGGGAGCUGUGUCAUCAAUUGACACUCCAACUGGUCCCAGAAAGCACGAAGUCAAGCUACAGGAUACAUUCAAUGGUGUCCUUAGUGUCGAAGUGGUGCCGCCAGCACAAUCUGAUCGCGAACCUCAAGUCCUGGUCACACAUCGCAAUGGCUCACAGGAGUGCUUCGUUGGCGACUUGACCUCGGCUACGUGGCGAGAAUCAGCCAGCGGGGAUGAAGAAAGCAAAGGUAUCGUGGAGUAUACUGCACUCGUCGACAUUGAAACGGCCGAGCGAGGUCUGCUAGCCAGCCGAGAGGACAUACUUGCAGCGUUCGAUACUUCAGCAUCGUCUUCAGCUCAAACCAAGCAGUUGAUAUGCCGAGUCAUGCGACAACAAGGUGGCGAGCGGAGUCUUGAGCUUUUCGCGUUGAGAGCUGCUGCCGUCGACGCCGUACAAAGCCAGAAGUCCAACCUACAGCAUCUUGCUGCAAUGAGGUUGCCUACUACAAGUGGUGCACAAGGCCUAGGGAACGCCACCUUCGAUGUACACGCUGCGACGGGCAAGGUCUACCAGAUGCUAGACGGCAAACUACACAUCUACGAUUUCAGUGGCACGGUCCCCCGAUUUGUCAUGACUAUCGGGAGUAGAGCAGGCCCAGUUGUAAGCUUCACACGAGCUUCGUCUGCGUCUGUCUUGGCGGUGCAAGGUGACAGGCUGGUCGUCUACGAGACUCGCUUCGGUGCUGUACUGGAAUCUAUUUCCCUCAAUUCGUCGAGCACGGCACUCGUUGGUCUGACGCGAAGACGCGAUCGUGCUGCAGCUAUCUCUGACAAUGUACUCAUCACGAACUUCCAGGACCUUGGUCUUAUCGCAGGUUUGUCUGGGCACGAGCUCACAUCUCUACAACUACCCGAGGACUUACGUAAGCCAAAGCGAGGGCAAAUGCAUGGCACUACCCUGGCGGAUGUCCUCGGUAAGGGCGAUGCCAAUAUUAUGUCCGGGAAGAAAUCCGAAGACUGGAAGACAAGCUUCGUCACCGCAAUUGGGGAGGGCGACCUGGCAGCGAUAGAAAGUCAUGUUGCUACCAAGUUGCACAUGAGAGGAGACCGCGGCCAGUCUCUUGAUAGCGUUAGCGAGUAUUUUGAUCGCGCUCGACCUGGCCUACGGAUGGAUGUUAUGCGUUUUGACCUUGGCAAAGUCGACAAGAAAGAUGUGCUGUUCAUUAUAAGCCAGCUUUUCCGACCUGCGAUUGAAGAAGAACAACGAAAUGGUGGCAAGGGACGGAUAGUGAUGACUGCAAGAUCUGAACUUUCGUACAAAGCUCUUGCAUUGGCAGGCUUCUUGAACGUGUCGAACAUCGAUCGAGCGAUGCGCAUACGUGAUCAGAGCUUGGCCGCUGGGGUGACAAGGCCUGGAGACAUCAUGACUGCUCUCAAGGACUAUGACGGUACUUUUGCGCUUCUGCAUGAGAUGCUUAGCUCCUCGGUCUACUGGGAUGUGUCUGAGCUUGUGCAAGCGCUUCGAUUGCUGAUAAGAUCGCUCGAGACGCCUGCCGAGGGUACGAGACAUCAUUACCACGCUCUAGCUUCCGCCCCUACCAGAGAUGACGACGAGGAAGACGAAGAUAUCGCCAUGGCGGUGACCAAUGGUAUCAGUGACGCAGGUUCGACUCUCGAGACGGAAUCUGCUCUUGCGCAGCAGGAACUCGACCUUGCCAUCUCUACCCUCACCCACGGUGUGGAGUUUCGUAGCGAGACGAUCCGUUCUGUGCUGGAAAAGCUCACAACGUUCCCAUCGACCUCAAUCACAAAAGCUAUGCGAGAGAUGUGCACACACGACGAACUUCUCUUCUUCCUCAAACUGCUGCGUAUCGAGCUGUUGAGUGGUGAUUGGCAUCGUGCAUACGUCUCUUCACCAGAAGACGAAGAAGAACAAGAACAAGAACAGCAAGCCAACGGAACGAUCAAUGGGCAGACCGACAUCAACGGCAUGCUCAACGGCGACUCCUUUUAUGCCGAGGCAGCCCCGCAACCAGGCGCAAUAUCCCUCAUCUCUCGCCUCAUGAACUGCGCCAUCGACGCCAUCGGUCUCAGCGGCUGGCUCGUAGGCCAAAGCGGCACCGCAUCCGGCGAUAUCUACGGCACACGCGAAUUCAUCAAGGAGCUCCGGGCGGAAGUGAGUGCGUGCGCGGAGGGAUUGUUCGAGAACGAUACUGUCAAGGUGUUUCUGGACGAGGUGGCCGGGAUGGAGAGAUCGCUGUCUUUAGCUAGUAAGAUGGAGAAACGGAAGAGGAUUGCGGCGAUGGAGGCGGAGGAUUUGGACGAAGAGAGUAGGAUUUUGCCGAUGGGGUGUCGGGCGAUGGCAAGUAGAGUGCUGGGGAGGAAUGGGAAGGUGGGGAGGAGUGAGAGGGUGGAGAUGGCGGAGAAGAGGCGGAGGAUAGGGAAGUAUGUUUUUGAGCGGAUUCGGAUUUGA